AUGCCGCGCCACCAGCGUUUAUUUGACGGUGCAGACGAUUCAGACGCAUCGUUCUCGCCCGAGGAUGACACAGUCUUUGACGUGAACGAAGAUGAAGUGUCUGACGCAGAGACCGACAUCACCGACUUCUUCACAUGGCGCCUAGACCUGAAGACUGGCAAGGAUGAUAGGAAGAUGAAGGGCAUCAAAACAAGCAGCGCACUGGGCACAACAUGGAAGGUCUUCCGACUUGUAUAUGAGAGGGCGGUCCUUCGAAAGCUGGCAAAGGAUCAUGACCUGAGCACAAAGAAGAGGGAGAACCGCUGUAUGACGAUUGAUGACCUCAAGGAGCAAAUUGAAAUAACGGUGAGUACGACGAGAAAGUCGUUUGAUCUCGGAGAGCUCCGAAUUCUUGCGGUUUUAUUCCUUCUCCUGCUUGCUCCUGCUGGUGCUCGUCCCCUGGCUAUCUUGCGGCUCCGGUUUAGAGACAUUCGAGUUGUAUUGGCAAGAGACCCCGAAGGAGGACCCCACAAACUUCUUAUCCAGUUCACGCCGGAGUUUACCAAGACGUACCUCGGUACCAAGGACGCCAAGACAUUUACCGUCCCCGAGACAAUGUUUGAUCCAACCUUACUUCUUAGCCCCCAUGCCUUCCUCUUGGGCAUCUUGUUCCGGCAUCAAGCCUUUCGGGCAUCUAACCUCGUCUCAGCUGCGCAGCUGGACAACUUGGACAUCCACCCUGACGAGCGGGAGUUGCGUUUGCCACUCCGAGAUGACUUGGAUGACGUACCCUUGUUCCGCCGUGCCGUCAAAACCGCUACCGGCUUCGAUAUGUCACUGACAGAACCCAUCACGUAUGGCAUGAUGGCGGCAUGGAUUAAGAGAAUUGGAGAAAUAUUAGGCCGACUGUAUACUACCAUCUGCUAUAGCCUGCGCUACAACGCUGGCAACGAGCUCGACGGAAGCCCCUAUGCUAGCGAUGCUAUCCGCAACUUAGCGCUCGACCACGACAGUUCAGUUCCGUUCCAGAAGCAUUACCUCGGACGCCAACUACGCCUAGAUACCUGGGCGAUCAUCCGGGGCCAGAGACCGCAACAGGCGCUGCUGAAGCAGGCUUGUAGCAUCGGGCAUGCGAACAGCAAGCGGCGGCCGACCGAUUUGACGGCAGAGCAAGCUGCAUCUGUCAAUACAUACGCUUGCAUCAGGAAGCUAACGGAACAGGUCCGACGACUGCCACCUGGAUCGAAGAAACGCCAGGACGCCGUUCGAACGCUAAGGAAUGAGAAGCAGAGGCAAAAGAGGGAGUUAUUACAACGAAUCAAAGACGCCUGGACCGAUGAGCAGGCUGUGGAUGAUAUCCAAUCCCAACUCCAGGGCCGCGGGUUCUCCAAACCCAUGGCCGUAGAUGCAACCUGUCCCCCUCAGCGUCCAGCACAGAAGCGCCUAGUUGAAGCGCUGACCGCCCCAGUCGAUAACACUCUCGAGGGAUAUUAUAGACGCAGGGACAACCUCAUCGACGCCAUCGUCGCUUACUGCAGCGUGGUAGAAGGCCGUACCGCACGUCGAACCAACGUCUCGGCAGCGAAGGAGCCGCUGUCCAGUUCUCAUUGUGGCCCAUCGGAAGAUAGCCCUGUGGGUAUCGCCGUACUCUCUGUAUUCGUCAAAAACGAGAAGGAGAGGCCGAGGAGAUGUUUUCUGUGCAUCGGUGCUGCACUCUCUCUUGAACCAAACGACCCUCGUGUGAGCGAGCUCACCCAUGAGUUUUACACUUCCAGUGACCUGUCGAAGCACUUCCGCCGAAGGCAUCUUGAUCAGCUGCCUGAUAAUACUCCCUCUCGGUGUGAGGUUUGUGACCUAGACCUACAGCAUAAGAUGCAUGUACAGAACCAUGCCAUGAGGGUUCAUGGUACGGUAUCCUAA